CGCCCUGCGCCAAAGAUUGGUCUUUUCUGGCGCUGCUGUGGAGACUUCGCUCGCCGUACACCCGCUGGUCGCUUGGACAAGUGGUAACCGUGUACUUACUGCUUCUAUACGUGAGCGCGGAAGAAGCAGUGUGACUUUGGUAAUCAAUUAAUCAAUUGUAGAAACCAUAUUUUGGAGUUUAAGGGAAAUAUUCUACGUUUAAAAAACAAAUCUGUAAGAAAUCGCCAUGAGCUGAUGAAAGCCUUGAACAGAAUGAAGAAUGAUAUUAGACAGAGAGAACAUCUAUCAGUAAACUUAGUUGAGAAGAAAGUGAAUACGUUGGAUGAGAAUGAAACAGUAUCUAAUACAUUUGAAGUCUUAAAGUUCUUUUUCCCUCAUCUAAGGAAUGUAGGCAGAAUUUAUCCUGAUGUAAUCAUCGGCAAAGAGAAAACAGGCGUUUCUUUUGCGCUGGGUAUUUCCAGUGUUAAGAGAGGAAAUCAUAGUUACCUGAAGCACGCGCUGACCUCUCUGGUCUCCAGGAUGACUCCUUCGGAGGUGAAGGACGCUGUGGUGAUUGUCUCCAUUGCAGACAAUACUGAAGAUUAUUUAAAAUCUGUUGUUGACAUGAUUACAAAAACAUUCAAAAGGCAACUGAAUUCUGGAUCCUUAGAGGUCAUUUCAAUACCUGCCUUUUUUUAUCCAGACAUGUCACAUGUCAAGCAAUCAACUGAGGACUCACAAAAAUUAGAGAGGUGGCGAAUCAAACAAGUAUUGGAUUUUUGUUUUUUGAUGCUGUAUGCCCAACCCAAGGCCAUGUAUUAUUUACAGCUACAAGAUGAUAUCAUAGCUAAAAAGAUGUACUUUACAAAAAUCUCAGAUUUUGUACAUAAUAUCACUUCAAAUGAUUGGUUUUAUAUUGAAUUUUCAAUUCUUGGAUUCAUAGGAAAGCUAUUUAAAUCUGAAGACUUAACUGACUUCGUACGUUUUUUUUUAACGUUCUACAAAGAUAAACCCAUAGACUUGCUCUUGGAGGACUUUUUUCGGGUAAAGAUGUGUAACCCAGGAGAAACUCUUGAGAAGUGUGCAGAGCGAAAUAAGCAAAUUCGUGUUAAAUAUAAACCUUCUCUUUUCCAGCAUGUGGAUAUACAAUCAUCAUUUCCGAUAACAGAACAGUACUACAAAGAUAUUCAUAAUUCUAAAAUCUUUAAAAAUGAUCAGAAUCGUUCUUUGGGAAAAAAAUGGCAUAACAAGGAUUAGAUUAUUUCUCAACUUUCUUCAUAGUGGAUAUUAUAUUUUUUAAAAGUUAAGCAUUCAACAAUAAAGGGAUUUAUUAUUUCUAUUUUAGAAAAUAUGAAGCUAAUGGUCAUAACAAGGAAACCUUGGAAACUCAGAUAACCGGGCAUCUUUCAGAAAUUGUAGUAAUGAAAAUAUAUAGUUACAUAAAUAGGAGAAAACAAUGAACAAACUAGUGGACUUCAAAGCAUUAAAAUACCACUUAUGUCAAGAGAAAAUGUUUGUUUAUGAUGUUUGUAUCCUUGCUACUAUAAUUUAAUAUAAAAGCAGUAAAGAUAGGGAAGUUUUUAAAAAUUGAGAAAUUAUUUUGUUGAGUUGGAUAGUGAUGUUAUCGUAUAAUCUCAAUAAAUAGCUAAACGUUCAGAAACUUGAUAUUGUCAUGGACAGGUUAUUUGUGAAUUAGUGUAUGCACUUAUCCAUUUUGUUAAGACAUCUAAAGAAAUAGAAAGCACAAGUUCAAAAAGCCUGCAUCUGGCAGUGCCAUAAUAUCUUUUUGUCUUUUAAAUAAAUGCAUUUAAAACUAUAACCUUACCCUUAAAUGCCAUUUGAGCUGAUUACCAAACAUCUUGAUGUGUGUGUGCUCUGAUAGUCAUUCAGUUCUAAAGAUUUCGUACUUUCUCUCAUUAUUACCUUCUUAACUCAUGGGUUAUUUGUAGUGUGUCUGGGUUGUUGUUUUUUUUUUAAUAUAUUAGU